AUGCCUCCGCAGGCGGCGUGGGGUACGUGGCCGUGUUCAAAUGUCCAGCCAAAUGAUACAACCCAGUUGUCGUCAGCAGUCGAAAAGCCGCAGACUGGCCAAUGGAAAGCGCCACAAAUUGCAGCCGAGAUUGAUUCCACGCUGGCCAAAAGUUGCGCGCACCGCCUCCUUUUCGCGCUUUCGCCCCGGUCGAGCCGCGCGGCGGUGGAGCGCCGCCUGCCGGCUAUUCCCUCCCCACCAAGCCCCGCCCGUCCCAGGCUGCCCCGCCCUCUUUGGCUCGUUUUCUCGGUCUUCGUCGGGAUUAUGUCAUCUGGCGGCAGACCGAGCGCUUGGGGUAAAACCAGCCUGGUGGUGAGUUAUACCACCAACGGCUACCCUACGGAAUAUAUUCCUACCGCCUUCGACAAUUUCUCAGCUGUAGUGUCUGUCGAUGGCCGACCAGUGAGGCUCCAGCUCUGUGACACAGCCGGGCAGGAUGAAUUUGACAAGCUCCGCCCACUGUGCUACACCAACACAGACAUCUUUCUGCUCUGCUUCAGUGUUGUGAGCCCUUCAUCUUUCCAGAAUGUGACUGAGAAAUGGGUUCCUGAAAUCCGGUGUCACUGUCCCAAGGCCCCUAUUAUUCUCGUCGGGACCCAAUCGGACCUCCGGGAAGAUGUCAAAGUCCUAAUUGAGCUUGACAAAUGCAAAGAGAAGCCUGUGAUGGAGGAGGCCGCAAGGCUCUGUGCCGAGGAAAUAAAAGCUGCCUCUUACAUCGAGUGCUCCGCUUUGACUCAGAAAAACCUCAAAGAAGUCUUUGAUGCAGCCAUUGUGGCUGGCAUUCACCACUCGGAUACUCAGCAACAGCCAAAGAAAUCCAAAAACAGGACUCCAGACAAAAUGAAAAACCUCUCCAAGUCCUGGUGGAAAAAAUAUUGCUGUUUUGUAUAGAUUCUUUUGCGAAGGCCUUGGAAAUGGCAGUCUGGUUACUGAGGGUGGUUUGAGGUGACCUUUGCUGAAAAUCUGUCUCCAUUCCAGAGGGCACAGAUAAGUUCCACCACUGAACAUGCUGCUAAAAUCAUCCCUUUCCAUUGGAGAUGGGAAGAACAUGAGCUGACAAGCUGAGGUUGACCAGACUGAGGGUUUUCCCCACUAGUGGUAGUUUCUUUUUGUUUAGGACUGCUGGCCUACGCUUUGGUGAAACUGAAAGUUGAACCAUGAAUUGACUGUAUACAGAUGUAGGAAGGGCCAGAAUCAAGGCUUCUGCUAAGAAGUCUGCAUGACGACUGUGAGGACUACCAUAUAGUCAAAUUAUGUUUUUCAGGGGGAUACAUAAAACUGUGCCUCUUAUGACAUUUGGCUCAAAAAGGAGAUGUUCCCUGCCGGCAUUUUCAGCCUUGUAGGCUUCAGGAAUAAUGUAGCACAUUUCUGAAAUGUACAUUGUGUUGCUAAAUUAGCAGAAUCUGCAGGUGAAUCUCAUAUAUUUUUGUUAAAAUGAUAUGCCUACUUCAUGCACAGUGUGGGGAUGUCAUAACAGAUUGAGCAGCUCUGCGAAAGUGUAUCUUCCUUGUAUACCCCUGAUUGACAGAUCCUUUUUACACCAUGAAAUGUGCAUGCUUGUUGACCUGGAAAAAAGGGGAGGAAAUCAUAUUUUGAAUAGCAAUGGGCUUCUUUUCUAUUUACAGAGAAUCUAUGACAGUUCAUUCAAAGAUGCACCAAAUAUCUGCAGAAAUGUGGUACAAAAUGUAGAUGUUGGUGGUCUUGAUGAUUCCCCAUCUGAUGCCCAUCAGUGCUAGCUUGUCUUACCAUUGGUUAGUUGUAGUCUAACAAGAAGGGUUCCAAGUUCAGGAAGCCUUGUCUAAAUUCACAUGGAAAUGUUUUUCCAUAAGAUAAUUUCAACUAAUUUUAGUCUUCUUUGCUGAGGCGCAGGUAUCACAAUACCUGUGUCACUGAAACAAUAUUUGCUAGUGUAAGAUAAACUGAAAUGAGAAACAAUUAUCUGUUCAAAAUUCCAGGAAGUCUAUUUUUUUGAAGUCAGGGGAAAUUUCAUCUAAGUACAUGUGUGUAGUGUUGGGAAUUGACUUUCAUUCAAAAGAUGCCAAAUCAUUUUCUGCCAAUGUUCAUGAAGCAAUAAAUGUUUUUAAAAUGAUGACAAAUGCUGGUUUACCAGUGCUCAUAACUACUUGGAUGACAUGCUUUUGUACAAGUUUUAUUUGGUCUUCCAUAUCUUGAAUGAACCAAACUUUGGCUAAAUGCCACAUAUUUUGGUGGCUUGGGUCAGUUUUUAAGACCAUGCAAAGAAAAACAAAAGCAAAACGACCUUUCCUUGCAACAGAUUGAAAUAAAAUAUGUCUGAGCUGUUGUAGAUUUAUUAUUUAAUUGCACACCUAUUUUGGGGCUUCCUGUUCUAAUUAAGCAAUGCAAUACAGAGAUUAAUGUUAAACUAUAAUUGGGCUACUUUAAUAGCUUGAUUUUUCUGUCUAAUUUUCCUUCUUUGCUUUUAAUGUAGCCCUUUGCAUUUAUAAUAUGAUCAACCUGUGUUUGAAGUUAAGAAAUCAUUCCUUAUCAUUCCAGAAUGAGCCUUGGUCUCAAGUGUUCCUUCACAUGGCUCUUUUUUAUAUAGAUAGAUGUAUUCAUGUGCUAGGAUGAAAUGACCAAAAGUAUUAACUUUAAUUUUUAAACUAACUACAUUUCACCAUAAUGUCUGAAUAUGGGAAUUGUAAUUUUUAAAAGCAUAGUUUUAAAAGCCAGAAACAAAACAUAGCUGCUGAUUUAUGGCUGGAACAGAUCAGAAUUAUUUUGUCUAAAAAAAAAAAAGUCCCACUGCAGGUACAUUCACACAGCAUGGCUGGUGCUAACCAUAGCCUAGCAAUGAAUGAGUCAUUGGCUUCUCUCCCUGCUACAAACCACCAGCAAAUUAUUUUGCAUCACCUGUAUCAUGCAAGUUUAAUAUGACUACCUCCUAUCAGAUGCCAGAGAGAGAACCAAGACUAAACUGGGGUCACAGAGGCUGGAUCAUGUGACUGCACCCAGCACGAAUGUCUGCAUCACACUGAACAACUGCUUUAUGAAUAGCAGGAUAGUAAUUUGUCAUCCAUUAUCUUCUACAUUUAUUUCACCACUAUAUAGAUCAUCUCAUGCUGCAAUGUGGUUUUGUUUGUUUUGGACUUCAUAUGAUACAUGAACAGAGCUCUUUGGGUUAAGAGUUUUGUAUGAACUAGGCCAUUAUGACUUGUUUAAGAAGCCACGUUAACGGUUGUUUAACAAACCAUAUUGUGAUUUAGUGUGAUGCAUGAAUUGUGGCAUUGUAAUCAGAGGCCCAUAUCAAAUGAAUAUUCUAUGCAUCUGAUGAAGUGGAUGUAAUUGACAAAAUUUUAUGCUAGAACAAAUCAGUUAAUUUUUAAAUCCCAGAAUAUCUUUGUGGUUAUGCUGCAGCAAACUAACUUGGCUACCCUACAGAUAUGGAUGCUGGCUUGUUUCCACGAACUGUAGUUGUGUUGAGUUUUGAUAUCAGAGGAACUGUAGAUAAUUGAUGAUAUAAAGCAGAUGUUUUGAUUGCCUCCUGACACAUAAAAGUUUCUGUUGGUACUUCUAUGUUCUGUUGCGUCUGAAUUGGUCUCAUUGGAGUCCCUGCUAUAACGUGGGAAGGUUUUAUGUGAAGCCCAAUGAAUAAAACUGAUGUAAGAGCCCAGUGGAUGGCUAUCAAAUUCAUCCUAAAUCUUGUGUAUGAGAUAUG